UUUGUUUUUCAUCUGAUAUUUCUAUUCAUGAUCAGAAGGGAUUCUGCAACUUAUAACUGUAUAGUUGCCAAACAAAGUCAAUUUGAAUUUGGAGAGGGAGUGAUUCUUAAUGUGAACGGUUCAGGUUCACUGACACAAGCUAUCGUCCAUCGGCCGGUGUCUGACAAGUCAGGAGAGACUCUGAACUGCAACAUACUACAUGCUGAGACCUGUGAUGGAGAACUAAGUGCGUACUGGUUCACCAGCUCACCAAAAUCUCAUCCUGGAAUUAUUUACACCAAAGGAAUCAAGAACAAUCAGUGUGAGAGGAGAGCUGAGACACAAACACACACCUGUUUCUACAAUUUACCAAAGAACAAAUUUACUGGUUCUGAUGCUACAACUCAACUCUGUGCUGUGGUUUCUUGCGGAAAUAUUCUUCUUGGAAAUGGGGCCAAGAUAAGUAUUGAAAGUGGAGUGGAAAAUCUUUCCUUGGUGUAUUUCAUGAGUGUGGCGUUGGUAGUGACAUCUAUUCUGGUGGUUGUCCUGUCUUACUGUGCACUCAAGAUGAGGCGGAGAGAGUGUCGCUACUGUUUAAAACCAGAUUCUCAACCAAGAAGUUUUGUUGCUGCAACAAGUGUACGGGACCAAAAUGCAGACAACUUCCAGUACGCAGCUGUAAAUGUAAGGAAGAACAACAGGCCAAGCGGACAGAGAGACGACAAUAAUGAGCAGUGUGUGAACACAACCUGUGUGUACUCCAGUAUAAGACAGUAGACAUGGGCAUGUUUUUCUGCACUUGAUUGUUCAGCCCUAUUUACAAUGUAACUGGUUAAUUCUGAAAUUAUUCUAGAGCUUCCUGAAUAUAUAUUUUUGAUGUGUGUGUAUGUGUGUGUGUGUGUGUGUAUAUAUAUGUAUGUGUGCCAUUUAGAACUGUCUUCUGUACCAUGAAAUGAAUAUAAAUCAGGAUGUAUAAUGAUUUUAAACCAUAUGAUGAACAAAA